CCGCAGCUUGCGGCACAAACGCCACUAACUUGUCUGGCGCAGAGACUGGCAUCAGUAUGUCUACAACGUUUACACCGGUCGAGUCUGGCAUAGGAGGAGCCCUCAUUGGUCUCUCUGCCUUUGUGGCAUAUCAAGCAGAUGGAAAGAUCAUUGGAAUCAGUGGCAUCUUGGGGCCCUUUCUUCGAAGCGUGGUGAAAUGUGAGCUUGGGAACGAGCUGUGGAAGCUGUGGUUUUUGGUUGGCCUGUUUGCUGGAGGUUUCGUCAAUUUCCUCUUCAAUCAACCCUUUGCCUUCCCGGGAGCUGAGCCCUAUUCCAUCUCACGCUACGCUGUAGCGGGGCUGGUGCUGGGCCUGGGCACUCGAUUUCAAAGGGGUUGCACCUCUGGACAUGGCAUUUGUGGCCUACCACGUUUCAGCAUGCGCAGUUUGCUGGCGGUGCCAACCUUUAUGUUAUUUGCAGGUUUGGUGGUCUACAUGACCCGACACGUGAUGAAGCUGGACCAGCCAAAGAUGCCUGGCAUUGCUUCAUUGGAAUGGCCUCCAAGGCUGCAAUUUCCCGCUUGUGCGGUUGCCGCUGCGGUGGUGCUCACCGUGCUAUCCUUCUCGCCGUUGCCCAGCAGUGUGCAUGGUGUGAUCUCCCCGCUGGCAUCUGGCACGAUCUUCGGUUUGGGCCUGGGAGUGGCUGGAAUGACCAAUCAGGAGAAGGUGCUGAAUUUUCUGGAUGUGGCCGGCUUCUGGGAUCCAUCGCUGAUGUUUGUCAUGGGAUGUGGCAUGAUGGUGUCCUUUCCGGCCUUCUACCUGGCGGAGUCAGAUGACGCAAAGCCAAAGUGUGCUGAGAAAUUUGAAAAGCCUGGCAAAACUGGCGACUAUGGAACUUUGGUCGUGGGGGCCGUGCUUUUCGGCAUUGGCUGGGGUCUGGUGGGCAUUUGCCCCGGUCCUGGCCUUGCAGGUGUUGUGCCGAACCUGGUUACUUCUGAUGGAGGCUCUGGCGGCUAUGGCUUUGCCCUUUGUACACUACUGACGGCGGUCAUUUGGGUGGCCACAGAUCGAGCACUCGGCCUCAGUGGAGGGAGAGAGAUGAAACACAAACACUGUAGAACCGGGACCAAAGAGGCGAUGAUUUCAGUGACAAAACACUUGCCAAACACAGCAAAAAAACAUGCAAAAUGUGCAGUGAAAGCAUUGACUUGGUAGACUUGCUUCAACUUAUUAUUUCCUGGUCACCUAGGGCUUGCAGACGGCCGGACCUGC